AGUGCCAUUAGGCCUUCUCUUGUCAAGGAAAGUGAGUUGCCAAAGAGAAGGACAUUUUAAUAAUUUGUUAAAAAAAUAUCUUCUAUAGUUUUUUUAAAAUUUUUAUUAUUGUUUUUACAUUACCGUAUCAACUAAAGGUAUUUUAGUCAUUUAUCUUCCCAUUGACGACCAACGUGCCUGCAUCCAUCCCAUUGACGACGAAGGUGCCUGCCGGAUGCCGUGAAAGACUCUGCAACGUUGAUCUUGUCGUAUGCAUCUCUUCUUCCCCUUAGGAGAAAUUGCGCAGGGCCCGUGGCUGCAUAUAUGCCAUGGCAGGUAUCUCAACUCAUCUUCACUCAGCAUUCCCAUCUACGGCUUAACUCAAGCCACAUAUCUCUCUCUCUCCCUCUCUCUUCUCCUCCAUUGCAGCCUUACAGCAACAGUCGCCGACUGAUUGCUCGUCUGCUCGAAAGUGCUGGGUGGCAGUUAGAUAAUUAAUUGCCGGCCGACAGAUCAAGUAAUGGACGGCUUUACAAUACUGGUGGCCUUUAUCAUCUUCAUUGGCCUGCUGCUGUACACGAUCAGGGUAGUGACCACACGGGAGCCGCCUGUCUCUCCAGGACCUACCGACCUUGAAGGCGAUGUACCGUCACCACCUAUUGGAGCCGCUUCUUCGUCAGCACAUGAGAAUGAUGAUAAACGAUUCCUGUUCGACGCAUUUCUGAGUUUCAGAGGGCAAGACAUCAGAAACAGAUUCGUCAGCCAUCUGUAUAAGGACCUUAAACGGAGUAACGUCAGCGCUUUCAUGGACAACAAUGAUUUGGGGAAGGGGGAACCUAUCGAAAACUUGUUGAAGCACGUCAGAGAAUCGAGGAUAUUGCUGCCCAUAUUCUCUAAGAGUUACGCCGACUCCAUUUGGUGCCUGAAGGAGGUCACUGAGAUGGUGGAGGUGAUGAAGACGGACCAGAGUGUGGAUAUCGUCCCCAUAUUCUUCGACAUAGAACCGGACGACGUUCGGUGCUGGUACAGGCAUUCUCAGGGUCGGUUCCGAAGUGCGAGUGCGGAUGAGAAGAAGAAGUGGAGGAAAGCGUUGCGGAAAGUAACAAGCAUUCAUGGGUUCAGUCUCAAGAACAGCGCGAACGGGAACGAGGCAAAAUUAGUUGAUAUUAUUGUUGAGGAGGUGCAAGCAAAAUUGGGCAAGACUGCCCUGCCUGUUGCGAUGUACCCAAUUGGAAUGGAAGGUCAUGUUCAAGAAGUAAAGAAGCUCUUGAAGAAAGAUGGACAGGGCGUAAACAUGAUCGCGCUUCAAGGAAUGUCUGGCAUCGGAAAGACCACAAUUGCCAAAGCCGUUUACAAUGAAUUGUUCCAUGAUUUUCAUGGCGCUUCCACUUUCAUUUCAGAUGUAGGGGAGAAGUUUCGGAAAGGCGAAGGCGUCAAAUGCCAGGAGCAACUUAUCUAUGACAUAAUGGGCAAAGAAGACCGUUUCAAACAUUCCAUAGGCACCACCGAUGCUGGAAUAAACAAGGUCAAAAAGACGACAGUGAGUAGGAAGGUCUUGGUUGUUCUAGAUGACAUUGAUCGUGUAGAACAACUACAAGCAUUGGCUGGCGCGCGAGAUUGGUUUGGUUCAGGGAGCGUGAUCAUCAUCACGACAAAAGAUAAGAGUCUACUGUUGAAACACGAUAUCGAGGAAAGCCAAAUUUAUGAGCCCAAGUUAUUGGACGAGGAAGAAUCGUUCCAGUUUCUGGUGCGCCAUGUCCUUAAGGGUAGGCAACCAACAAGAAAGAAGCUCGACGUGUUAAGAGAGUUUGCUAAAACUGCUGGAGGUCUGCCCUUAGCCCUUGAGGUGCUUGGUUCUCUUUUGUCUUGCGAAAGAAACAUGGAAGAAUGGAGAAUUGAACUAAAGAAUCUAAGAGAGAUUCCAGUUGAAGAUGUUGAAAGGAAACUGAGAAUCAGUUAUGAUGGACUUCGGGACGUAGAGAAGGAGAUUUUCUUGGACAUAUCAUGCUUCUUUGUUGGUGCAGACUGCAGAAGAGCAAUUCAUUACUACUGGGAGGCCUGUGGUUUUUAUUCAGAACCUACAAUUAAAGUUCUCCAGGACAGGUCUCUCAUUAGUCUAGAUAAGCAAAACCGAUUUCACAUGCACGAUCUCCUCAAAAAUAUGGGAAGGGAGAUAGUUCUGCGAAGAAGCAAGGUACCCAAAAGUUGGGAGAAGAGUAGGCUUUGGUCUAGGCGUGAUAUCUUCGAUUUGCUGCAAAGAGAUGAGGUGCCGAGCUGUGCAGUAACAGGAAUCAUGCUCAAUAAAGAAGUGGAGGAAGGGAAAGAACUAGGUAAUAGUGUUGAAUGCUUUCGAAACAUGCAUCGUCUAAGAUUGCUUCACAUGGAGGGUGUAAACUUCAAGAACAAAUUUCACUAUUUUCCCAAGGAAUUGUUGUGGCUGGGACUGCCAAGGUGUUCCUUCGAGUCUCCACCAUUGGGCCUUAACCCUCAGAAGCUUGUGAUACUCAACUUAUCUAAUUGCAAUUUGGCAAGCCUAUCCUUCUUUGAAGACAUGGUCUUUGAGAAUUUGAAAGUUCUUGAUCUUAGUUCCACAGAUCUGACUACGACACCAGAUUUCGGCUACUUCCCCUGCCUGGUGGAGUUGAUACUCCGGCAGUGUGAAAAACUUACUAAAGUUCAUUCAUCCAUAGGAAAACUCAGAAGCUUAGUAACAUUGGAUUUGAGAACAUGCACAGUAUUGGAGGAGCUACCUGAUACAAUAUGCAAUCUAAGGUCUAUUGAAGUCCUUCAUCUUGGAUGGUGUGCAAAACUCUCAUCUUUGCCCGCACAAAUAGGAGACUUGAUAUCAUUAAAGGAGCUUAGCCUCAAUGAUACAGCGAUAAGAAAAGUUCCUGCUUCAGUGGGGCAGCUUACAAGCCUCCUGGAGCUAUCGUUACAGCGCUGCAAAUGGUUGGAGCCAUUACCUGACUCAUUGACUGGUUGGAUCUCCUCGGGGAGGGUGAAAAUGUUCGGAACUCCCUUGAGAAGAAUAGAGGACGAGAUGGACUUAAGUAAAGGAGUGCAAAAGCUGAGAGUUUCAUCAUGCAAGUUGCUUGCCGUUCUACCUGAUGAAUCCUGUAAAUUAGUACAGGAAUUUUGUUUAGCAGAUCCUACAGUUCAAGAGUUUCCACAUAGCAUAAGCAGACUACAAAAUCUAGUCAUUCUCACAAUAAAAUGCGAGCAACUCAGAUCUUUGCCUGUGUGGAUCAAUGGUAGGCAACUAGAGAAGCUUAGAGGAUUGGAAAUUGAGAGCAAGAGUCUCAAGAAUAUACCAGAGAGCAUUGGGUCGUUGGAAGGACUCAAGACACUGAAACUAGUGUGUGAAAGUCUUGAUUCAUUACCUGACUCGAUUGAAAAGCUAAAAAGCCUUGAUACCUUUGAAGUUGCAACUGGAAAUCUUGAACAGUUACCCCGGUGGAUUGGUUCUCUGAGAAGUCUUAGAAACUUGAAAGUGGAGUGCUCCAGUAUCAAAGGUAUCCCUGAGUCAAUCAAACAAUUGGAAGAACUUGAGAAAUUAGAACUGCAUGUCGACAAUCCUAGAGCUCUAUCCGACUCAGCUCCGCUGCCAAAGAAGCUGAAGAAAUUCUCUUUAAGUUGCAACGAUCUAGAAAAUUUGCCUGAUUGUGUUUGGUCACUGGUUGAGCUUGAGGAAUUCUCAUUAAGAGGGUGUGGCAGAAUUGAAGCGCUCCCAGAUGACAAAUUGGGGAAACUGAAAAAUCUACUUCACCUAGAUCUCUCACGAACUGGGGUCAAGACAAUCCCUAAAAACAUUUGUUGCCUUCCAAAAUUGAGGUCUCUUCAAAUCACUGAUGUUGGAAAUGAUACUACUCUCUGGUUUGAAUGAUUGCAGACGAUGGGGAUCUCGUCCUUGAAGAAUGGAAGAUUAAUAAAGAUAUGAUAGAUUAUGAUUAUUGCGUAAACGGACUUCCUUAUAUAUUUGUGUCUGCAUUAAUAUAUGCUAUUGUAUUGUUCUCUUGUGUGUUCUUAAGGGGAAAAAAAAAAUCAAUCGUUAUUAUCCGAGAAAUGUGAUUUUUAUUGUUCAAAGUA